CCUAAGGGAAUUCCGGGAAAUAACAAAUAACACUGCUUUUUUAUUUGAAAUCAUGCAAACUAUCGGAAAGUAAUGUAAACUGAAGAAUACAUCAAUAGGUCUUUCUUUCCUGUUUUUUUUUUCUCUUUCUGUACACCCAUUUCUCAGAUCAAAAAUUAUUUAACCCCUCUUUUGGGCAGUGGUUGGUUCCAUUACGCACCCCUCCAGUUGAAGUGGUCCCGCCCUGCAGACUGAGCCGCCCCGCCCCCUGACCUCUGACCCUACAGGCAUGUAGUCAUGAUCGGACCGCAGCCAAGCUAAAAUUAUACCUCGUCAGUCUUCUACAUCGGGAGAAGGAACUCUGAAGGAACACUGCCUUGUCUUCUCAAGGUCACGACACAGCGUCUUGUGAAGGUCACGGUGAAGUCCGGCCGUUGCCAUGGCUUCUGAAACAAACACGUUGGAGAGAUACAAGGCCUCCAUGGUACUCAGUGGUGUGGGGGAUGCCCUAGGCUACAAGAACCAGGAGUGGGAAUACAACAAGUCGGGACCAGACAUCCACAAACAACUGGCAGACCUGGGAGGACUCAGUAACAUCACGGUCGAGCUUCCGGGGUGGCCGGUCAGCGACGAUACUGUCAUGCACCUGGCUACAGCAGAGGCACUGGUCAUAGACUCUGAGAAGAAAGAAGACAUCUACCUUGAGCUGUGCAGGCGUUACGUGGCCUGUAUGAACGAUAUGGAGGGGAGAAAGCCCGGACCUACGUCCAUCUUAGGCUGCCAGCAGAUGAGCCCAACCAACGCAGCAGGCGGCUGGCAUAUCCCAUUCAACCCUACUGGUACGGGCUGCGGCGCCGCCAUGCGGGCCAUGUGUAUCGGGUUACGCUGCCCGCGGCCGGACCAGCUGGAGGAUCUGAUCGCCUUCAGCGUGGAGAGCGGGAGGAUGACCCACCAUAACCCACACGGUUACUGUGGAGCCCUUGCCUCCGCCCUGUUCGUAUCGUACAGCGUUCAGGGCAAGCCGUUGAGGGAGUGGGGGAAGGGUCUGCUGGACACGCUGCCCCGAGCGCUGGACUAUGUGAAGAAGAGCAUCCGCAGCGCGUACGAGAACGAGGAGGCCUGGUUCUACUUUCCCGCCAAGUGGGAGGAAUAUCUGGAGGAGAGGGGCCUUCUGGAUGGGACUUCUGAUCCAACGUGGCCCGAGAACUAUGACGACCCCGCCGUCCGGGACAAAAUCUACAAGAACGACAUCAGCAGCGACGGCUGGCCGGGCCGACGGGGACACGACGCUCCGCUGAUCGCGUACGACGCUUUACUGGCAGCUGGGGGCAACUGGGAGGAACUGUGCAGCCGUGCCAUGUUCCAUGGAGGUGACAGUGACUCCACGGGCGUGAUCGCCGCGGCGUGUUUCGGAGUUCUGUACGGCUACGAGGGCGUGCCGGCGUGUAACCACGAGAAACUGGAGUACAGGUCCAGGCUGGAGAAACUGGGAGAACAGCUCUACCACAAGAGUCAUCCCUAGACUGUCACACCAGUUUUCGUGAAUAAUUUCAUCGUGUAGGCAAGAAACUGCAUUGUAUAAGAAAUUUCUUGAUUCAACAGCCAGUAGGUUUUUACAUCUUACGUUUCAGUGACUGUCCUUUUCUUCAAGGCAACAAU